CCAAGCUAAAUCGCGGGCUUUUGGCCAUGCAGCUGCCUAGCUUGGACUAUGGGGUAUUCAGAGCAUUCCUGGCCGCUCGUGCCCAGAGGGGGGGCAUUUGCAGGGGAUGCUGCACAGAAAGGGGGGGUCUUCAAGCAGAGCCAGCCAAUGGGGUUGCAUUAGGUAAGGUCAUGACCUGGCUGCACAAGUUCCCGGCAAAGACGAGGCUCCAAAAGUUUAGCCAUUUUCGGAAGGGGACAGACGCGCUUAGCAGCUGCUACCGGGACCAUGUGGGGACUGAAGACGGGGAUCUUUCUUGGGUCCCUCUGGCUGGCUGCAGGGUGCGGACAGGUGGCAGGGCUCGGAGAAUGUCCCCUCUAUAACCUGUCUGUGCCUGAAAGCUCCUCUGGGCACGUUGAAAUCAACCUGCCCAAGAAUGCAUCUUUUUUGUGUAAGAUGCAGACCACUGUUGCGGCCGCCGCCUCCGACUCUGCUUGUCACCCCAUCCUGGUGUUAACUAAUAAAGGAAAGCAGAACUACUACAACAGCACGUACCGGGGACGGAUCUCUCUGUCAGACCGACUCCUCUUUACUGUGACGAAUGCAAGUGAAUGGAUGGCAGGAGAAUACCAAGUCAUUGGUGACCUUCAUGGAACCUGCAUGGCUCAUAUCAAUCUGACGGUGCCUGCAGGUUCUGUCUCAUUCCCACCGCCUCUAUCGGACACUUCCACUGCCAGAGAGGGGGCUGCCAGUCUGACUGGAGAGGGAAGUAGCCGAGGGAUGCUUUCCAACGGCUCUCCCGAGGGGGAGCCAAGGGGCCACUAUGGUGUGUGGGCCUCACUGGUGUUGCUUGUUGCCUGCUGCUUUAUUUGCAUCUGCUGGACACGUGGGGGAGACAGACCAAUAACCCACUAUGGUUGUGAAGAGGAAGGGAUCUCCAAUUCAGCAAACUCACCCAUUUGCAUGUCGGCCUGGGUCUUGCAGCAGCAUGAGGCUAGAACCCAAGAACCCAAUGGAGAUGCUGGUGAGGGGAUCCCAUUGAAUGGAGAGGUGGCACAGCCCCGGGAACUGAGCUGGCUGCACCAAUGUAGCUGAAAGGCAGCACUUUAAUAGCAUUGAAUGGCUGAGGUGCAGGCGCCUCCUGUGGGUGUUGGGUGGCUAUGAUCAUCACACUAGCUGGUGGCUUGAGUCUGGAUGUGGCUUCUCCCCAUGUAGGGCCAGGGAUGCCCUUGUGUUUAAUGCACCGGGUUGGGACUUGGUGGAAGAGCCAGGUCUCCUGACUCCCUGUCUGACUUUGAGU